AUGGAUGGAGCUAAGAGUAAGCAACAGCUCAGCAUUCGGCGAACGACAUUGCUUGCGUCACUGAGCCGAGCCCAGCAGUUUCUACAGGGGUACGUGGCCGACCGCGAUGCUCUGCAAGUGGCCAUUCGGUUGGAGAAUUUAGAAGUUUUAUGGCAAGGUCUGGAGGAUACUCAAACGGCUCUGGAGGAGAUGGAAACAGAUAACGAAGCGAUGGUGAGAAACUUGCAGUUCAGGUCUGAUUUCGAACCCAAACUUUUCGAAAUAAAAGCUGGUCUGCUUGGUAAAUUGCCUCCAGCAAUUAAUUCUAUAAAUGAGCUCCCUCUAAACCCCCCACCGCAAAUUCACUCUGGUCUCUCUGGUCUAAAGCUGCCGACAAUAUCUCUUCCUGAAUUUACUGGUGACUACCAGGAGUGGCUUGGCUUUCAUGACACGUUUCUUGCGCUAAUUCACGCAAAUCCCGACGUAGCUGCCAUACAAAAAUUCCACUAUUUAAAGGCAGCUGUCAAAGGGGAGGCAUCUCAGGUAAUCGAGUCGAUACCCAUCAGCGCAGCCAACUAUCCUCUUGCCUGGGACGCCUUGGUAGCUCGAUAUUCCAACGAGUACUUGUUAAAAAAACGACACAUGCAAGCGCUACUAGAAAUACCACGGAUGAGGGAAGAAUCUGCUGUCGCUUUGCACGGACUCGUGGACGACUUUGAAAGGCAUAUAAAGGUGCUAAAGCAAUUGGGAGAGCCUACGGAUGCCUGGAGUACAAUUUUGGAACACUUGCUCUGCACAAGACUACAUCAUGAGACUCUCAAUAUGUGGGAAGAUCACGCUUCUACUCUGGAAGAGCCUUCUUACCCAAAACUGGUCGAAUUCCUUCAGCGUCGCAUGCGGGUGUUAGAAUCGAUUUCGGUAAAUCGCGAUUCUGCGCAAUCCGUUUUAACACCAUCCAUUUCUGGAUCUUCAGGAGUCAGUCAACGAUACAAGCGUCCAACUGAGUUACUGCUGUCUACACAUGCGGUAACAGAAGCUACGAAUGUCAACUCCCCAAUCCGUCCGACAGCCAUCAUGGGGCAAUUGAAAAGGCUCUCUUUACACGAAAGAAUGAAUAUGGUGAGCACAAAGAGGCUGUGCUUCAACUGUCUUUAUAAUGACCACUUCGUCAACAACUGUCCCUGCCAGACUAGUUGUCACAUUUGUCGAAAACGUCACCAUACACUUUUACACCCAGGUUACGUUGAUAACUCUUAUGUUCCCCAGAAUCGAGGCUAUAGCAACACGGGUGGAAAUUCACAGCAGUCAGCACAAAUAAACGUGGCAACGUCAACUAUCGAGCAUUUCACACCGCAAUCAAUCGCGGCUAUCAACGAAAUUCAAGGGUCGAAAAUUCUCGCGCACGCAGCACGAAAUGAGAAUGUGUUUAUGCUCACUGUAGUUCUAAUCAUCGUUGAUGCCUACGGUCAAAAUCAUUUUGCUAGAGCCUUGUUAGACUGCGCAUCACAGCCCAACAUAAUCAGCGAACGAAUGGCUCAAAUUCUCCGGCUUAAGCGAAAUAAGGUGAACGUUCAGCUUCAUGGUCCAGGUGGUAUCGCUGUUCGUUCCACCGACUCAGUGUUCACCCAAAUUCACUCUAGGAAAGAAAACUUUUCGCGUGACGUAGAGUUCUUGAUCCUACCGCGAGUAACAGCUGAUAUGCCUGCGAGCGAUAUUUCGAUUGAUAACUGGAGCAUCCCCAAGGACCUUUUCCUGGCAGAUCCAAACUUUAACAAGCGAGCAGAAGUUGAUAUGAUAAUCGGCCUUUCACAUUUCUUUGCUUGCUUUAAAACUGCUGCACGCGUGCAUUUGGCACAAGAUUUGCCCGAGUUAGUCGACAGUGUCUUCGGUUGGAUUGUCGCAGGCUCAGGUGAUCAUAUUCCCAACUCUGCUGAUCAAGUGCAGUGCAAUGUUUCAACAACUUGUCUCGUCUCUCUCGAAGAAAACUUAGAGCGCUUCUGGAAAAUAGAGGAACUUCCCCCGCACUCGGAUUAUUCUGUCGAAGAACGCCAAUGUGAGACUAUCUACGCAUCAACCGUCACAAGGGACAGUACUGGCCGAUAUACUGUGCGCCUACCACGCCAUCCGGACUUUGAUGCCAGGGUAGGGAACUCCAAACUGGCGGCGCUUCGAAGAUUCAAACUUCUAGAGCAAAGGCUCGAUCGAAAUCCCACACUGAAGAAAGAGUAUCACGACUUCAUGAAAGAAUACCUCACUCUCGGCCAUAUGUGCCAAACCCCCAAGGACGAUGAGCAAAAUUUCAAAGGUUACUACCUUCCUCAUCAUCCCGUGCUGAAAGAGUCCAGUACUACAACGAAAGUCCGCGUAGUAUUCGACGCAUCCGCUAAAACUUCGACCGGUUUUUCCUUGAAUGACUCACUUUAUGUUGGACCAGUUGUCCAGGACGACCUCCUGUCGAUAAUUUUGCGAUUCCGCACGUACCUGGUAGCUGUGGUUGCGGACAUUGAAAAAAUGUAUCGCCAGGUCUCAGUGCAUCCUUCUGAUGUCCCAUACCAACGAAUAUUGUGGCGAUUCAAUGAAGCAGACCCAAUUCAAACUUAUGAUUUGUUAACCGUUACAUAUGGACUUGCACCAUCGUCCUUUCUAGCCACACGCACCUUGCAGCAGUUAGCCGACGACGAAGGCGUGGCUUAUCCCAUCGCAGAGCCAAUUCUACGCAAAGGGUUCUACGUAGACGACUGUUUAGGCGGUGAACAAUCGGUUGAAAAGGCAAUUCAGCUGCGUGACGAAUUAAUCGAGCUACUUCAGAAAGGUGGAUUCAGUCUGCGAAAAUUCACAUCCAACAAAUUAGAAGUUCUACAUGGCCUGUCCCCAGAGCAAGUAGGCACACAAUCAUCUCUUACUUUCACCUCCCAAGAAACGGUCAAAACAUUAGGAGUAGGCUGGGAACCUGAACACGACAUGCUUCGUUUCGAUUCCAACGUAAAGCACCCCGAGGAUGUUGCAACCAAAAGGUCGAUUUUAUCGUCCAUUUCGCAGCUCUUCGAUCCGCUUGGACUAAUAGCACCAGUUGUGAUACGUGGGAAGCUGCUUAUGCAAGAGUUGUGGUUGAUGCAAAGUGAAUGGGAUCAACCAGUUCCAACGAUUAUCAAAGAGAAAUGGUACGCGUACUAUAAGGAUCUUCCUAAAAUUGCCGAAUUUCGCACCGAACGCUAUGCUUUCUUGCCGAAUGCUUCAGUUAAACUGCACGUGUUUUGUGAUGCUUCAGAAGCAGCCUUUGGAGCAUGUGUCUACGCACGGUCAGCCGAUACCAAAGGAAACAUAAGAGUAGAGCUACUUGCAUCUAAGUCUCGGGUCGCCCCCUUGAAAAGAAUUACUCUGCCUAGACUUGAACUUUGCGCUGCUGUCAUUGGCGCCCAGCUACAUGCGCAUGUGGUGAAUGCUCUUCAAAUCGAAAUUAGCGAAUCUCGAUUUUGGUCAGAUUCGACGGUGGUACUCCAGUGGUUACAGUCUCCACCAAACACAUGGAAGACGUUCGUUGCCAAUAGGGUUUCUGAAAUACAAUCCAGCACUCACGGCGCACGAUGGAGUCACAUUUCCGGUAAGGAAAAUCCGGCAGAUUUGAUAUCCCGAGGAAUGAGAAUGGACGAUUUCCUUUCAAGCGAUUUAUGGAAACAUGGCCCACACUGGCUUCUUCAAGCAGAGAAUGAAUGGCCUGCUCCGACAAUGCUCCCGGCGUUAACCGACAACGUAGAGGUUAAAAAAGUUUUCGUCGCCGUGAUUCAUAACAAACCGGGGGUUAAUCCAAUGUUUACCCGCUAUUCGUCGCUUGAUAAAUUGAUUCGCGUAACUGCGCACUGUCUUCGAUUUGUCGGUAACAUGCGCUCUAAAACUCGCACGCAUCCUAGCGUUACGACUGAUUUUCUCCCCGGCAAGUGUUUAUCGGCAAAACAAAUAUCGGAUACCCAAUCACACUUAGUACAACUUGCUCAAGCGGAUGCAUUCCAUGAUGAGCUGAAAGACCUAAAAAGAGGAAAUAAUGUGUCAAAACAUUCAUCGGUUCGAUUACUUAGCCCUUUCAUAGACCAGAGGGGAACACUCAGAGUGGGGGGUAGGUUGAGAUUAUCUGACGAAUCCUUUCACGCAAAACAUCCUGCUCUAUUGCCAAGCUAUCAUCCAUUUACCCGAUUACUUCUCACAUCCUACCAUCUCAAGUUGCUUCAUGGUGGUGGCCAACUCACUCUAGCCACUGUGCGUGAAGAAUACUGGCCCCUAAAUGGAAGGCGGAUGAUGCGAAGCAUUAUACGAUCAUGUGUUAAAUGUGUCAGAGCAGAUCCAGUUCCAAUCCAACAGCGUAUUGGUCAAUUGCCCGUACCCCGAAUCACUGCAAGCAGACCUUUCACCGUUACUGGCGUUGACUACGCUGGACCAGUUUACCUACGAGCACCGCAUAAACGAGCCGCGCCACCAAAAGCAUAUAUUAGCGUUUUUGUAUGUUUUUCAACGAAGGCGGUGCACCUAGAACUCGUCUCCGAUCUAACAACCGCCGCCUUUCUAGCCGCUUUUCGGAGAUUCACUUCUCGUCGCGGUUUACCCACCCACGUUCACUCCGAUAAUGGAAAGAAUUUUCAAGGAGCAAAAAACGAACUACAGGAGUUAUAUCAACUGCUAUCAAAUGAGAACGAAAUUUGCAAAAUCCAAUCCAAGCUUGCCAGUGAUGGAAUUACUUGGCACAUGAACCCACCAAAGGCUCCACACUUCGGGGGUCUUUGGGAAGCAGCAGUAAAGGUAGCCAAGAAACACCUUCACCGCCAAUUGGGCAACGCGAGACUUUCAUUCGAGGAUAUGUGCACGGUACUGGCGCAAAUCGAGGCCAGCAUGAACUCCCGUCCGUUGACACCAUUAACAGAGGAUCCAAACGAUCUUAACUCGCUCACUCCGGGGCACUUUCUCAUCGGAAACGCGAUACACUCAAUGCCAAAUCCGGAUGUCCGAUGCAUCCCAACUAAUCGCCUCGACCAUUAUCAGCGAAUGCAAUUGCUGCAUCAACAAUUUUGGCAUAGGUGGCGAACGGAAUAUCUGCAGGAACUGCAACGCGAGACGAGCGUUCGUUCAGCAAACACGAACAUUAAACCCGGACAGCUGGUAGUCAUCCUCGACGAAUUCCUCGCGCCGCUAAAAUGGCCGCUGGCGCGCAUCAUCAGUAUACAUCCUGGCCCCGACGAUCUCGCUCGUGUAGUUACUUUGCGAACUGCUAAAGGCGUCAUUCAACGACCGGUAGUAAAAAUCUGCUUGCUACCAACACAGCAUGAUGAAACAGCGUCUGCAGACACAUCCACAACAAAGGAAAACAUCCCACAACCAGUCCCAACAGAUGAUGAUCCGGAUCACAGCACUGCGGAAGAAAAUUUAUAUAGUCAUUAA